CUAGAAGGUUUGAUGCCCACUUUCUGCGCCCUCCCCGCACUUCGCCUUUCUCAUCUUCCCGCUUCUGCGCAACUCUGCUCGGCCUAACUACCUGUCCAAACCCCCGUGUGUGUCUGUGUAUUUUCCCCAAGAGAGCAAGCAGCAUGUCGGACUACGGCUCACCCGGGGCCGGAGCGGGCGCUGGAGGCAAAAAAGAUGCUUUCGCGGACGCCGUGCAGCGAGCCAGACAGAUUGCAGCUAAGAUCGGAGGAGAUGCCGGACCUCCAAGUAACAAUGGAGGAGCAGGAGGAGGAGAGGGCUUCCCGUUCCAAACACUGAAACGCUCUCUGGAGGAUGGAGACCAACCAGAUGCCAAGAAGAUGUCUUCCCAGGGGGACAGAGACUCAGCCACUGCUUUGUCUAUCGGAGCUCAGCUCGCUGCCCUGUCUCAGCAAAGUGUCAGACCCUCCACUAUGACAGAGGAGUACAGAGUGCCAGACGGCAUGGUCGGACUCAUCAUUGGUCGAGGGGGCGAGCAGAUCAACAAGAUCCAGCAGGACUCGGGCUGCAAGGUCCAGAUCGCUCCAGACAGUGGUGGCAUGCCAGAGAGGAGCGUCUCCCUCACAGGAAACCCUGACGCCAUCGCGAAAGCCAAGAUGUUUCUGGAUGAGAUUGUAUCUCGGGGGCGCGGUGCUCCUUCCUCUUCUUUCCACGAGUCGACCAAUGGGCAGAGUGGCUCCAUGCAGGAGAUGAUGAUCCCAGCUGGCAAGGCCGGCCUAAUCAUCGGCAAGGGAGGAGAGACCAUCAAACAACUACAGGAGCGUGCUGGAGUGAAGAUGAUCCUCAUCCAAGAUGGUUCCCAGCCACCCAACAUGGACAAACCCCUGCGCAUCAUCGGAGACCCCUACAAAGUACAGGUAAACGCCCCUGUUGCACGUACUGCGUUCACCACACGCCCCUGUUGCACGUACUGCGUUCACCACACGCCCCUGUUGCACGUACUGCGUUCACCACACGCCCCUGUUGCACGUACUGCGUUCACCACACGCCCCUGUUGCACGUACUGCGUUCACCACACGCCCCUGUUGCACGUACUGCGUACACCACACGCCCCUGUUGCACGUACUGCGUACACCACACGCCCCUGUUGCACGUACUGCGUACACCACACGCCCCUGUUGCACGUACUGCGUACACCACACGCCCCUGUUGCACGUACUGCGUACACCACACGUACUGCGUACACCACACGCCCCUGUUGCACGUACUGCGUACACCACACGCCCCUGUUGCACGUACUGCGUACACCACACGCCCCUGUUGCACGUACUGCGUACACCACACGCCCCUGUUGCACGUACUGCGUACACCACACGCCCCUGUUGCACGUACUGCGUACACCACACGCCCCUGUUGCACGUACUGCGUACACCACACGCCCCUGUUGCACGUACUGCGUACACCACACGUACUGCGUACACCACACGCCCCUGUUGCACGUACUGCGUACACCACACGUACUGCGUACACCACACGCCCCUGUUGCACGUACCGCCUUCACCACACGCCCCUGUUGCACGUACUGCGUACACCACACGUACUGCGUUCACCACACGCCCCUGUUGCACGUACUGCGUACACCACACGCCCCUGUUGCACGUACUGCGUACACCACACGCCCCUGUUGCACGUACUGCGUACACCACACGCCCCUGUUGCACGUACUGCGUUCACCACACGCCCCUGUUGCACGUACUGCGUUCACCACACGCCCCUGUUGCACGUACUGCGUUCACCACAUGCCCCCACACGUUCGCCACCCUGUUGCCCCUGUUGCCACACUGCGUUCACCACACGCCCCUGUUGCACGUACUGCGUUCACCACACGCCCCUGUUGCACGUACUGCGUUCACCACACGCCCCUGUUGCACGUACUGCCUUCACCACACGUACUGCCGCCCCCACACGUACUGCGUUCACCACACGCCCCUGUUGCACGUACUACUGCGUUCACCACACGCCCCUGUUGCACGUACUGUACACCACACGCCCCUGUUGCACGUACUGCGUUCACCACACGCCCCUGUUGCACGUACCGCGUUCACCACACGCCCCUGUUGCACGUACUGCGUUCACCACACACUGCGUACACCACACGCCCUGUUGCACGUACUGCGUUCACCCACACGUACACCACACCCCUGUUGCACGUACGCCUUCACCACACGCCCUGUUGCACGUACUGCGUACACCACACGUACUCGUUCACCACACGCCCCUGUUGCACGUACUGCGUUCACCACGCCCCUGUUGCACGUACUGCCUUCACCACACGCCCCUGUUGCACUUCGCCACACCACGCACCUGUUGCCACACGCCCCUGUUGCACACCGUUCACCACACGCCCCUGUUGCACACGUACACCACACGCCCCUGUUGCAUAUGGGGCACCACACGCCCCUGUUGCACGUAUGCGUACACCACACGCCCUGUUGCAUAUACACCACACGCCCCUGUUGCACGUACUGUCUGCCUUCACCACACGCCCUGUUAAACUUACUGCCUUCACCACAUGCCCCUGUUGCACGCUGAGUUCGCCACACACUGGUCGCCACACGAUACUGCCUUCGCCACACGUACUGCCUUCGCCACACGUACUGCCCCUGUUGCACGAGGUUCACCACACGCCCCUGUUGCACGUGCCCGUGCCCCGCCACUCUGUGGGAGUUGUGAUUGGUCGAAGUGGAGAGAUGAUCAAGAAGAUCCAGGCAGACGCUGGAGUUAGGAUACAGUUCAAACCAGAUGACGGUGCAGGUCCUGAUAAGAUAGCCCACAUCAUGGGCCCUCCAGACCGCUGUGAGCAUGCUGCCUCCAUCAUCAACGAGCUGCUGCAGAGCAUCAGAGUCAGGGAGGAUGGAGGGCAGGGGGGUCCUCCUGGUCCACCUGGCACGGGGGGGAUGCCUCAGGGUGGCCAUGGCAGGGGGCGAGGCCAGGGCAACUGGGGAGGUCCUCCGGGAGGUGAGGUAACCUUCUCUAUCCCCGCCCACAAAUGCGGCCUGGUGAUUGGUCGGGGUGGCGAGAACGUCAAGGCCAUCAACCAGCAGACGGGGGCUUUCGUGGAGAUCUCGCGUCAGCCGCCGCCCAACGGUGACCCCAACUUCAAACUGUUCAUCAUCAGGGGGUCCCCUCAACAGAUAGAUCAUGCCAAGCAGCUCAUAGAGGACAAGAUCGAGGCUCCUCUGUGUCCUCUAGGGGGAGGUCCUGGGGGACCUGGUCCAGCUGGUCCAAUGGGCCCCUACAACCCCAACCCUUACAACCCAGGGCCUGGUGGCCCCGGAGGACCCCCGCAUGGCGGCCCCCCAGGUGGUCAUGGUUAUGGGGCCCCUCAGGGCUGGGGAAACACCUUCCAGCAGUGGCAGGCCCCUGGAGGGCCACACGACCCCAACAAGGCAGCAGCAGACCCCAAUGCUGCGUGGGCAGCCUACUAUGCGCAGUACUACCAGCAGCAGCCAGGGGGCGCCAUGCCGGGCCAGGCCCCCAAUGCCCCAGCAGCCGCCCCAGUCCAGGCAGACCCCUCCCAGGCAGCCCAGACCCCUGGAGGCCAGCCAGACUACACCAAGGCCUGGGAGGAGUAUUACAAGAAGAUGGGCAUGGCCCAGCCCGGUGGAGGUGCUGCAGCAGCGCCGGCUGCAGCCGUGGCCGGGGGAGGAGCCGGCGGACAGCAGGACUACAGUGCAGCCUGGGCUGAGUACUAUAGGCAGCAGGCGGCCUUCUACGGCCCUGGAGGGGCUCCGGGACAGGCUGCCACCCCACAGCAAGGACAACAGGUAACACACACACACCACUCAGCAAGGACAACAGGUAACACACACACCCCACAGCAAGGACAACAGGUAACACACACACACCCCACAGCCAGGACAACAGGUAACACACACACAUCCCACAGCCAGGACAACAGGUAACACACACACCACUCAGCAAGGACAACAGGUAACACACACACAUCCCACAGCCAGGACAACAGGUAACACACACACACACCACUCAGCAAGGACAACAGGCCCAGUGAACCAAAUCCAGCCAGUCUCCAGCCUGUCAGACGUGGACCGGGAGGACUGUCUCUUCACUGCAGCCACAUCCCAUCCAGCUC